GAAUGAAAUGUUAAUCCUGGGGCACUGAUGUUUUACAAUGCCUGAUCAAGACAAGAAGGUGAAGACCACAGAAAAAUCAACAGAUAAAAAACAAGGAAUUGCCACAAGGGACUACUCAGAUCUUAAAAGACUUCGGUGCCUGUUGAACGUUCAGUCAAGCAAACAACAGCUUCCAGCCAUUAAUUUUGACAGUGCCCAAAAUAGCAUGACAAAAUCUGAACACGCCAUCAAAGCUGGUGGACACAGAAGUCGAGGUCAAUGGCAAGAGUCAACCGAGGCUGUUGAACUGGAAAACUUUAGUGUCAACUAUAAGAAUGAAAGAAAUUUUAGCAAACAUCCACAACAUAAACUGUUUCAAGAGAUCUUUAUGGCAUUGGUGAAGAACAGACUAAUAUGCAGAGAGUGGGUUAAUCGAGCCCCUUCUAUUCACUUUUUGAGAGUAUUAAUCUGCCUGAGAUUACUCAUGAGAGAUCCGUGUUAUCAGGAGAUACUCCAUAACUUGGGUGGGAUUGAAAACCUAGCCCAGUACAUGGAGAUUGUAGCAGACGGGUAUCUUGGCUAUGGAGAAGAACAGCAUAGUGUUGACAAGUUAGUCAACAUGACAUAUAUCUUUCAAAAACUUUCUGCUGUCAAAGAUCAGAGAGAGUGGGUCAUCGCAAGUGGGGCACACAAGACAUUAGUAAAUUUAUUAGGAGCCAGAGACACAAAUGUUCUGUUGGGGGCCCUCCUUGCACUUACCAGUUUAGCCGAAAGUCCAGAAUGUAGGGAGAAGAUAAGCGAGCUCACCAUCGUAGAAAACCUGCUGAUGAUAUUACAUGAAUAUGACUUGCUUUCUAAAAGGCUAACUGCUGAGUUGCUGCGGCUGCUGUGUGCCGAAUCCCAGGUGAAGGAGCAGGUGAAAGUGUAUGAAGGCAUCCCCAUCCUCCUCAGCUUGCUCCAUUCCGAUCACCUCAAGCUACUUUGGAGUGUUGUCUGGAUCCUGGUCCAGGUGUGUGAGGACCCCGAGACCAGUGUGGAGAUCCGCACGUGGGGGGGCAUCAAGCAGCUCCUGCAUAUCUUACAAGGAGACAGAAAUUUAGUUUCGGAUCGUUCUUCCAUUGGAAGCUUGUCUAGUGCAAAUGCAGCAGGGAGAAUCCAACAGCUUCGUUUGUCAGAAGAUUUAAGCCCUCAAGAAAUACAAGAAAAUACCUUCUCUCUUCAGUCAGCCUGCUGUGCUGCUCUUACCGAAUUGGUGCUCAAUGACACGAAUGCCCACCAGGUUGUCCAGGAAAAUGGUGUAUAUAUAAUAGCAAAGUUAAUUUUACCAAACAAACAGAAGAAUGCAGCAAAAACUCAUUUAUUGCAGUGUUAUGCUUUUAGAGCCUUGCGGUUUCUCUUCAGUAUGGAAAGGAAUAGACCUCUCUUUAAAAGACUUUUCCCCACUGACUUGUUUGAGAUCUUCAUUGAUAUAGGACAUUAUGUACGUGAUAUCAGUGUUUAUGAAGAGCUGGUAUCAGAGCUGAACUCAUUGACGGAGGAUGACCUGAAACAGAUCUCUGAAAACAUUGAAAGCAUAAAUCAGAAUAAAGCACCUACAAAAUACAUAGGCAACUACGCCAUUCUCGACCACCUUGGGAGCGGAGCUUUCGGCUGUGUUUACAAGGUCAGAAAGCGUAGUGGUCAGAAUCUCUUAGCAAUGAAAGAAGUCAACCUACACAACCCUGCAUUUGGAAAGGACAAGAAAGAUCGAGAUAGCAGCGUCAAGAACAUUGUCUCGGAGCUGACGAUAAUUAAAGAGCAGCUUUAUCACCCCAAUGUUGUACGCUAUUAUAAAACAUUCCUAGAAAAUGACAGGUUGUACAUAGUUAUGGAACUCAUAGAAGGGGCACCUCUUGGAGAACAUUUCAGUUCUUUGAAAGAGAAGCAGCACCAUUUUACUGAAGAGAGGAUCUGGAAUAUAUUUAUACAACUGUGCCUGGCACUUCGUUACUUGCAUAAAGAAAAGAGGAUUGUCCAUCGAGAUCUCACACCAAACAAUAUCAUGUUGGGGGAUAAGGACAAAGUAACUGUUACUGACUUUGGCCUGGCAAAACAAAAGCAAGAAAACAGCAAACUCACAUCAGUUGUCGGAACAAUUAUCUACUCCUGCCCCGAAGUUUUGAAGAGUGAGCCAUAUGGGGAGAAGGCUGAUAUCUGGGCUGCAGGUUGCAUCCUCUAUCAGAUGGCAACACUCAACCCUCCUUUCUACAGCACCAACAUGCUCUCCUUAGCGACGAAAAUAGUAGAGGCGGUAUAUGAACCAGUCCAAGAAGGAAUCUACUCUGAAAAAGUGACAGUUAUUAUCAGCAGAUGCUUAACCCCUGAUGCAGAGGCACGGCCAGAUGUUGUGGAGGUCAGCUCAAUGAUAUCUGAUGUCAUGAUGAAGUAUUUAGAUGGCUUAUCCACCUCCCAGCUUGCUUUAGAAAAGAAGCUCGAACGGGAGAGGAGGCGCACCCAGAGAUAUUUUAUGGAAGCCAACAGAAACGCAGUCACUUGUCAUCAUGAGCUGGCGAUCUUGUCUCAUGAAAAUUUUGAGAAGGCCAGCCUGAGCAGUAGUAGUAGUGGUGGGGCCAGCUUGAAAAGUGAGCUUUCCGAAAGUGCUGACCUCCCUCCAGAGAGCUUUCAGCAACCCUGUGGAAAAGACGAAGACAGGGCCUGUGAUGAGAUCUUGUCCGAUGAUAACUACAACUUAGAAAACAUCGAAAAAGACAUAUAUUCAGAAUUAGAUGAUGAACUGGACAUCUCAGAUAACUCCAGCAACUCGAGCUCGAGCCCUUUGAAAGAGUCAACAUUUGGUAUAUUAAAACGAAGUUUCAGUGCUUCUGGAGGAGAGAGACAGUCUCAUGGAAGGGAAUACUCUGGAGGACUAGGAUCAAAACCAAGACCAGCUUUGCUGCCUCUUGACCUGCUUCUGAAAGUGCCAUCACUCAUGUUCAGGGCCCACGUAAAGAAAAUAGAGGCCUCGUUAGUGACAGGGUGGCAGUCCCAUAGCCUUCCAGCUGUGAUUCUUCGCAAUCUAAAAGAUCAUGGAUCAAGAGUAGAAAAUCAUGCCAACCUUGAAGUGGAUAGGACACUAGAAGGAAGACCCAGGUUCAAAUCCUGCCUCAGAUACUUGCCAGCUUUGGCAGCUUCCGCAGGGAUUGCUGUGUCCCAGAGAAAAGUACGGCAGAUCAGUGAUCCCAUUCAGCAAAUCUUAAUUCAGCUGCACAAAAUUAUCUACAUCACCCAGCUCCCUCCAGCUUUGCACCACAAUUUGAAAAGAAGGGUUAUUGAGAGAUUCAAGAAAUCCCUCUUCAGCCAGCAGAGCAAUCCUUGUAACUUGAAAUCUGAAAUUAAAAAGCUGUCCCAGGGAUCUCCAGAGCCAAUUGAACCCAACUUUUUUACAGCAGAUUGUCAUUUAUUACUGCACUCAUCAAGUGGAAAUACCCUGUCCCCAAAUGACAGGACAGGACUUCCUAACAGCUUUGAUCUGGAGGAGGGAAUAACCUACGAGCAGAUGCAGACGGUGAUUGAAGAGGUCUUAGAAGAAAGUGGCUAUUACAAUUUUACUUCUAACAGGUAUCAUUCCUAUCCUUGGGGAACGAAGAACUAUCCAAGUAAAAGAUGAAAACCCUGUGUUGGAGUGGACGUGGGUUUGCUUUUCCCAAUGAAGUUAACCCACCAGAACUUCAGUUAUUGCCAGGUGAUGGCCAAAGGGAUGAGUUCUAGCUCUGCCUGAAGGGUAUUGAAGACAAGAAACAAAUGCUGGAAUGAAUCCAUGACCUCUUUCUGGGUUCUCCAUGAGCAGGGCUAUGCGGCUGCCCUUCACGGCCCCUCCGUUUCCAGUCUCUGCCUCUCGCGUGGGACCAGGGACCUCUGUCCCUGCGACUCAGGCAGAAUGCUGCAAGUUUUGUUUGCUGGGAGGAAACAUUCAUCAACAGAACUUUCUUCCAUUUAAAAAAAAGUUUUUCUUAUUUUUUUAAACAAUGAUUUGAUCCUCAGGAUUGCUGGAACUAUGUUUGAGGGCACAUAGCCUUCCUUGUAUCGAAAAUAGGGAUAGAUUUGGGAAAAGGAGGAAAAAAAGAUCCAGAUAACAAAUUGGGAGACUCGCUGUAUCCGACUCUGAUUUCGAUAGAAAUUCAAAACUGCUGUUUUCGUUUUAAAUGAAAGAAUUGGCUUGAUUUUAACCACCGGGGUGCUAGUAAACGUCAAUGUGGAUACAGUGUAGACAGUAUUUAUAAGCUGUACAGCUUGGGAGAAUAACUGUCAAUUUUUAAAUUUUAGGACAGAUUAGAAUAUAUUCAUGUACAAAGUGUGCAUAUGUAUGUGUGUGUAUAUAUGUGUGUAUAUAUAUAUAUAUAUAUAUUGAUAUGUUUACCUAAGAAAUAAAUAGCUAGA